AUGGUCCUUCAUCAAUAUGAUUACAUCUUUGCCAUUGGCACCAUCUUUUCGUUCCUAGAUGCUUGGAAUAUUGGUGCCAACGAUGUUGCCAACUCCUGGGCCACUUCGGUCUCCUCCCGAUCCAUCAGUUACAUCCAAGCCAUGACCCUCGGAUCCAUUCUCGAAUUCGCUGGAUCUGUUGGUGUUGGUGCUCGUGUCGCUGAUACUAUCCGUACCAAGGUCGUCGACAUUGACCAAUUCGAAUCCGACCCAGCUCUUCUCAUGCUUGGUAUGAUGUGUGCUAUUGUCGCCUCCGCUCUUUACCUUACUGUCUGCACUCGCAUCGGCCUUCCUGUUUCAACCACUCACUCCAUCAUGGGAGGUGUCAUUGGAAUGGGUAUUGCUCUUGUUGGUGCCGACGGUAUUCACUGGGCUGAGUUUGACAAAGGCAUCAGCUCUGGUGUUGUUUCUGUUUUCCUCGCUUGGAUCAUCGCUCCUGGUCUGUCUGGUGCCUUUGCUGCUAUCAUCUUCAUGAUCACCAAGUAUGGUGUCAUGCUUCGAAGCAACCCUGUCUGGAAAGGUCUUUUUCUUACCCCCGUCUACUUUGGUAUCACUGCUUCCCUUCUUACCAUGCUUAUCGUCUGGAAGGGUGGUAGCAUCAAGGUUGAGUUCAACGACGCCGAAACCGCUGGUAUGAUCAUCGGUGUAGGUGCCGCCUGGGCUCUCAUCAUCACCAUCUUCCUCCUUCCUUGGCUCUACCGUAUUGUCAUUGUCGACGACUGGGAGCUCCGUUGGUGGCACAUUGCUCAGGGUCCUCUCCUUCUCAAGCGUCCUCCUCCUCCUGCUCAACCUGAGGGUGCCAUUGGUGGUAUCAAAGAUUUCUACGAGGGCCAUCUCACCCGUGAAGAGCUUGAGGGUCUUCGACGUGCCGGUCGUGAGGGCAGUGAUGAGUUUGUGCGCCAGGACCAGAACGAAGGAAAGGACGAGAACAAGACGGUAUCUUCCGACACCCCUGAUGUCAAUGAACCUGUUGAAGCCAAGCCCCGUCGCAGCCUCGUCGGUCCCAAGCCAGAUGGCAAGUGGUUCAGCGGUGCUGUUCUAUUCUGGUACCUCAAGAAGGCUUUCCUCUCUGGUGUCGACCAGGAUAUCAUCGCCAUGCAAAACAAGAAGAGUAUCCUCACCGGCGACCUUGACGAGAUCCACGCAAACGUCCCUCACUACGACAACCGUGCCGAAUACCUCUACACCUUUAUGCAAGUAAUGACUGCCUGUACCGCCUCUUUCACCCACGGUGCCAACGAUGUCGCCAACGCUAUCGGUCCUUAUGCUACCAUCUACCAAAUCUGGCGCACCGGUGGUCUCGAGGGUAGCAAAUCUUCUGUCCCAGUCUGGAUCUUGUGCUUUGGUGGUGCUGGUAUUGCUCUUGGUAUCUGGACCUACGGAUACAACAUCAUGCGUAACCUUGGUAACCGUUUGACCCUUCACUCGCCCGCUCGAGGUUUCAGUAUGGAGCUCGGUGCUGCUGUUACCAUCAUCCUGGCCACCCGUCUUAAACUCCCCGUCUCCACCACUCAAUGCAUCACUGGCGCUACCGUCGGCGUUGGUCUUUGCUCAGGCACCUGGCGAUCAAUCAACUGGCGUAUGGUUACUUGGAUCUACAUGGGUUGGAUCAUCACCCUCCCAGUGGCUGGUAUCAUCUCUGGAUGCAUCUGUGGUAUCAUCAUCAACGCUCCUCGCUGGGGGUACCAGGGGUAG